CACCAGGACAUGUCCACAAUGGUUUACCCACGUGAUGAGAAACUCAGUCAGGAGGACAUCAUUUCCAACACUAAGGUGGUGAUGCAGGGCCUUGAGGCUCUGAAGAAUGAACAUAACUCCAUCCUGCACAGUCUGUUGGAGACCAUCAGCUGUCUAAAGAAGGAUGAGGAGGCCAAUCUGGUGCAUGAGAAAUCGAACCUCAUCAGGAAGUCUGUGGAGAUGAUCGAGCUCGGUCUUGGAGAGGCUCAGGUGAUGAUGGCUCUGUGCACUCACCUGAACACUGUGGAAUCAGAGAAACAGAAGCUGCGAGCCCAGGUCCGCCGGCUCUGUCAGGAGAACCAGUGGCUGAGGGAUGAACUGGCCAAUACCCAGCAGAAACUGCAGCGAAGCGAGCAAACGGUGGCUCAGCUCGAGGAGGAGAAGAGGCACCUGGAGUUCAUGAACCAGCUGAAGAAAUACGAUGAUGACCUUUCUCCUUCUGAAGAAAAGGAGGGCGACUCCUCAAAGGAUUCCCUGGAGGAUCUCUUUCCAGAGGAGGAAGAACAUGGCACAGGAAUCAGUCACCCUCACAGCAGCAGUGCUGUUGCAGCUGCUCAGCAGGGUGGCUAUGAGAUCCCAGCCCGCCUGCGGACCCUGCACAACCUGGUGAUCCAGUAUGCCUCCCAGGGACGCUACGAAGUGGCAGUGCCCCUCUGCAAGCAGGCACUGGAGGAUCUGGAGAAGACUUCAGGCCAUGAUCACCCUGAUGUAGCUACCAUGCUUAACAUCCUGGCACUGGUCUACAGGGACCAGAAUAAAUACAAGGAGGCUGCCCAUCUGUUAAAUGAUGCCCUGUCCAUCAGAGAGAAGACCUUGGGCAAGGACCACCCAGCUGUAGCAGCAACACUGAAUAACCUGGCUGUUUUGUAUGGCAAACGAGGCAAAUACAAAGAAGCAGAGCCUCUGUGUAAGAGAGCACUGGAAAUCCGGGAGAAGGUCUUGGGCAAAGAUCACCCUGAUGUAGCCAAACAGCUGAAUAAUCUGGCGCUGCUGUGUCAGAACCAGGGCAAGUAUGACGAGGUGGAAUACUAUUACAGACGGGCUCUGGAAAUCUAUGAGUCUCGGCUCGGACCUGACGACCCAAACGUGGCCAAGACGAAGAACAACCUGGCAUCAUGCUAUCUGAAGCAAGGCAAGUACAAAGAGGCAGAGACUCUGUACAAGGACAUCCUAACUCGUGCUCAUGAAAAGGAAUUUGGAUCAGUCAACGGUGAGAACAAACCCAUCUGGAUGCAUGCAGAGGAACGUGAAGAGCUCAGCAAGGGCAAACACAAGGACAGUGCUCCCUAUGCAGAGUAUGGUGGCUGGUACAAGGCUUGCAAAGUCAACAGUCCUACAGUCAACACCACACUGAGAAAUCUUGGAGCAUUGUACAGACGACAGGGCAAGCUGGAAGCUGCUGAAACUCUUGAGGAAUGUGCUACCCGAUCCCGCAAACAGGGCAUCGAUCCCAUUCACCAGAGCAGGGUGGUGGAGAUUCUGAAGGAUGGUGAGCCUGCUGAUCGGAGGAGGUCCCGUGACAGUGCGGCUGGUCCCCCAGUGAAGUAUGAGAGCAGUUCGGAAGGUGGUGAGGAAGUCAGCGUGGCGGUGGAGUGGACUGGGACUGGAGAGUGGCAUGUGAAGGAGGAGUCCUCUUGA